AUGAAAUUGUCGCAUUUAGUAUACUCGUUCCUAGCUACACUUUCCCUUUUUAAGAAUUCUUUAGGCUACAAAAUAAAUCCACAGACCUUUAACUCAAACCAAUUGAUAAUAGAAGUAGAACCAGCUGAAGAAAAUACUGAGGAUUAUGUCGUUCCAUUAGCUCUAAUUCAGGAUAUCUACGGGAUAAAUUCAGAACCUAUAUCAAUCCAAGCCUUAUCUUCAUAUUUGGAAACUGAAAAGGCUGAUUCUAGUAUUAAUUAA